UCAACUUGCUCAGUUUGCGCGCUGCACCAAAUCCGAAACAAAACUUCCAAAAGAGGACGUUUUUCGUUGCAGAAGAAGCACUUUGAUGCUUUAGGUUCGCCAUCCAUGCACAUCAGUUCUGCAAAAUCGGAGGUCCAUUAAUUUGUUAUCGACAUCGUUACCCAUACGGGAAUUUGUCACGGUGGAUACCUAAGUCACUCGGUUUCAGUGCAUUACAGUGAGCAAGUGCCAACAUGACUUCCUCAACUUCCAAGCAGAUCCUCCAGUCUCUGGAAACCUGCCUUUUGGACCGCGAUCCCGUUACGUACGGCGUGUGUCCCAUUUCAGCAGAAGAUUUCGGGCUGUUCUACGGCAAAGGCGACACUGCACGGCAGCUGUAUCUGCACACUGCAACCGAUGCUGAAUUGGAGCUUCUUGCGCGUGCCUGCGUAGCGGCCACGUUUGGGAUCAACCAACAGGAUGUCUUCGAUGAGACUUAUCGUAAAGCCGGUAAAAUGGACGUCGACGCAUUCGCCAGUAAAUUCAACUUGGAGCGCUCGGGAAUUUUGACGUGUAUCAAGGAUGAUUUGUUGGAUCGCACCAACUAUGGCAGACCUAUCCAAUGUGAACUGUACAAGCUCAAUGUUUACGGCACCGGUGGCUUUUUCAAAGCGCACAAAGAUACCCCGAGGGGCGCUAACAUGUUCGGAGCUCUGGUCAUCGUUUUCCCUACGAAACACACCGGCGGAGAACUGAAGCUCCGUCACGGCGGAAAAGAGUGGACGUUCGAUUCGGCCAAGGAGUUGGCUGAUGUUACCGAGCCGUCGAUAGGGUACGUCGCCUUCUUCAGCGAUGUGGAGCACGAAGUGGCUGUCGUGCAGUCCGGAUAUCGCGUGACGUUGACCUACAACCUGUACUUUGGCGAAACUGUGUCUCGUCCAAACACAAUGAUUAACGCUGCCGGCAACCAUGAACACACCUUCAAGACAGGACUGGAGCAGUUGUUGGCUGAUCCAGCGUUUUUACCGAAGGGCGGACUGAUCGGCUUCGGUUUGCAGCACGAAUACCCGGUCAACGCUCAGACUGAGUUGCGUAUUUUAAUGGAAAACCUGAAGGGCAGUGAUGCGCUUGUUUGGAGAAUUUGCCAGCAGUUGUCACUGCCCAUCCAGCCGAAAUUCUUGACUGAGACAAAAGAGGAAGAGGAGGACGAUGAUGACGAGGAAAUGCGUGAGGAUCCCGAUCCCGAUGCAAAGGAGAACGCCGUUAACGAGGAUGGGAAAGGUGACUCGGUAAAAGAUGGCCAAAGCAAUCGAGAGGGCCAAGCGAGCUGCUACAAACCGAACGUAUAUGCCGUCUUGACUGACCAUGUGGUUGACCUUUCGACACUAUGUCAUGUGGACAGUGCUGCUUAUGAGAUGUCCAAGAAACCGGGGACUUUGGUUCUGCCACAUUCAAGUGGCAAAGCUCGUCAACGUUGGAACGCUAAGAAGCAGGAGAUGGUCAAGUACUCGGUCAACAUUCAGUGGAUCACCGCAUCGACAACGUACAACAAAGUGAAAACCGAGUACAUUGCAUUUGGGAACGAGGCCAGCCUUGGUUACCUGUAUGGUACCGUUUGCCUUGUUGCCAAAAUCGGCCCGCCCGGUAAGCGUAUUAAGCCUAGUGACGCUUCGGGAUCUGGAAAGACUGGAUGAAUCCUCCGUUCUACAGUACUGCCGCAACUGUUUUGAUACCGAUGCACCAUUAGUGAUUAAUGCAUGUGCACGCAUACUUGGCCAUCAAAAGUAUUCGCUCAUUUUUGCUUGCCUUUUUUAAGCUAACCGCGAACGUUUGCUUUGCUAACGCGAGUGUUCCAUCUUUUUUUCCUAUAUAUAAAUCUGUUCUUUCUGUGUUUUUGUUUUCGGAUGUCGGCACUCUGCCAAGCCGGAGGUUGCACUGGACAGCCUGCACUGUAGAAUCCAC